AUGGACAUGGACACCAGCCCGAGGCGGAAGGCUGCAGAUCCGCCCUGCACAUGGAGACGUGUCCACGCGGCCGCUGCUGGCCGAGAGCAAAACCACCGCCAAGCUUGGUUAACUUCAGAAGACAGCGAAAUCAUCCUGACACUGAAAGCUAGAAAUGACCCUCAAGAUGGAGAGGUCUUGAUCCUUACAGAUGGGGAUGGAGGUCAACCGGUCUGCGCUGCCUGUCACAUCAGCAACAGCACGAGGGCAAUAACAGCAAAAAUAGCAAAACCGGCUUACCAAAAUAAGCUAAAGCUAGCUCUAAUAGGUCAAAGUAUUUUUGGUCAAGAAGUCUAUAAUAAGCUGCGAAAAGAGGGCCACAAGGUUGUGGGAGUAUUCACAGUGCCUGACAAGAAUGGACAAGCUGAUCCCUUGGCCCUGGCAGCAGAGAAGGACGGCACUCCUGUUUUCAAGUUCCCCCGGUGGAGAGCUAAGGGCAAACCUAUCCAGGAAGUAGUUGCAGCCUACAAAUCCGUUGGAGCAGAGCUCAAUGUCCUUCCAUUCUGCACGCAGUUCAUCCCCAUGGAUGUUAUUGACUGCCCCAAGCAUGGCUCAAUUAUUUACCAUCCAUCCAUCCUACCACGCCACAGAGGAGCUUCUGCAAUCAACUGGACUUUAAUUCAAGGAGAUAAGAAAGCAGGAUUUACUAUUUUCUGGGCUGAUGAUGGUCUUGACACUGGACCAAUUCUUCUGCAGCGAGAAUGUGAUGUAGGCCAAAAUGAUACUGUGGAUGACCUGUAUAAUCGAUUUCUCUUCCCAGAAGGGAUAAAGGCUAUGGUGGAGGCUGUACAUCUGAUUGCUGAUGGCAAAGCUCCUCGGAUACCUCAGCCUAAAGAAGGGGCAACAUACGAAGGGAUCCAGAAAAAAGAAAAUGCAGAGAUCUCCUGGGACCAACCUGCAACAGCUUUGCACAAUUGGAUCCGAGGUCAUGAUAAAGUACCUGGAGCAUGGGCAAAAAUAGGUGACCAGGUGGUUACUUUCUAUGGAUCAUCAUUAGUUGAUGCUUCAGUCCCAGCUGGACAAGAGCUGGCAAUAAAAGGUGCUUCAAGACCUGGACUUGUAACAAAGAAUGGCCUGGUCAUUUUUGGUAAUGACGRGAAGAUGGUACUAGUGAGGAAUCUACAAUUUGAGGAUGGAAAAAUGAUCCCUGCAUCUAAAUACUUCUCUGCUGAUGAAACAACAGCCUUGGAACUUACAGAAGAGGAGAAAAAGAUGGCAGAAGAUAUUAGGGCUAUUUGGAAGGGAAUUUUGAGCAAUGUUCCUGUAAUUGAGGAUUCUACAGACUUCUUCAAAUCUGGAGCAUCCUCUAUGCAUGUUGUCAGAAUGCUGGAAGAGAUCAAGCAGAAAUACAGCGGACUUCAGCUGCAGAAUGAGGACGUUUAUAUGGCUACUAAGUUUGCAGACUUUGUUCAAAUGGCUGUCAGAAAACUCAGGGGAGAAGACAAAGAAGAAGAGCUGGUCAUUGAUUACGUUUCAAAAAAUGUGAACAAUAUGACUGUGAGAAUGCCAUACCAGUGUUUCAUAAAUGGGCAGUUUAUAGAUGCUGAUGAUGGAAAAACAUACGACACCAUAAAUCCAACAGAUGGAUCAGUAAUAGCCACUGUAUCCUCUGCUUCGUUGGCUGAUGUUGACAAAGCUGUGGCAGCAGCRAAAGAGGCUUUUGAAAAUGGUGAAUGGGGACGAAUGAAUGCACGGGAAAGAGGGCGACUCAUGUACAGACUUGCAGACCUGAUGGAAGAACAUCAAGAAGAGUUAGCAACAAUAGAAUCUAUCGACUCAGGAGCUGUCUACACCUUAGCUUUGAAGACCCAUGUAGGAAUGUCUGUGCAAACAUUCAGAUACUUUGCUGGAUGGUGUGACAAAAUUCAGGGUGCUACAAUUCCAAUUAACCAGGCCCGCCCAAAUCAUAACCUAACAUUCACUAAGAAAGAACCAAUAGGUGUGUGUGCAAUUGUUAUCCCCUGGAAUUACCCACUGAUGAUGCUUGCAUGGAAGAGCGCAGCGUGUCUGGCUGCAGGCAACACGUUGGUUCUCAAACCAGCUCAGGUCACACCGCUGACAUCCUUAAAGUUUGCAGAACUCUCAGCUAAAGCUGGAUUUCCUAAGGGUGUUAUAAAUAUUCUGCCUGGUUCAGGUGGCUUAGUGGGACAGCACUUGUCUGAACAUCCAGACGUUCGCAAAGUUGGAUUCACUGGUUCAACACCGACUGGCAAAAAGAUCAUGAAGAGUGCGGCCAGUAAUCUGAAGAAAGUUUCUCUUGAACUUGGUGGCAAAUCACCGCUGAUCAUAUUCAAUGACUGUGAACUUGAUAGAGCCGUAAAAAUGGGUAUGGGAGCAGUAUAUUUCAACAAAGGAGAAAACUGCAUUGCUGCUGGCAGGCUGUUUGUAGAAGAAUCAAUCCAUGAUGAAUUUGUUAGAAAAGUGGUGGAAGAAAUAAAAAAGAUGAAAAUUGGUGACCCACUUGAUAGAUCUACAGAUCAUGGUCCACAAAAUCAUAAAGCGCAUUUGGAAAAGCUGCUGCAAUACUGUGAAACUGGAGUAAAAGAAGGUGCCACUCUAGUAUAUGGAGGAAGACAAGUAAAUAGACCAGGUUUCUUCAUGGAACCCACRGUAUUCACAGAUGUUGAAGACCAUAUGUAUAUUGCCCAGGAAGAGUCCUUUGGUCCCGUCAUGGUAAUUUCUAAAUUUAAAAAUGGGGAUGUUGCUGGAGUUCUAAGACGGGCAAAUUCCACAGAAUAUGGUUUAGCUUCAGGAGUUUUCACAAGAGACCUAAGCAAAGCUCUGUACGUGAGUGAAAAGCUAGAAGCUGGAACAGUUUUUAUUAACACAUACAACAAAACGGAUGUUGCUGCACCUUUUGGUGGAUUUAAGCAAUCUGGCUUUGGAAAAGAUUUAGGUGAAGAAGCACUUCAUGAAUACCUUAGAACCAAGGCCAUCACUGUGGAAUAUUAAAGGAACCGUCUCACGUGGAAAGUAAACUGGCUGAGUUUGAGUCUGAAGGACUCCGUGAAGCACUUCAUGCAAUGUCCAGGGUAUCCUGUCCUAUGUGGUAAAACUAUCGAAACGAGUAUCCCCCAUCCAUGCAUAAAUUUAUAUAAUACAAGUCCAGAUUUUAGUCUCACUGAAAGAUGAAAGCACUUGGCAAUUAAAUAAUUUCAGAUUAAUUAUCCAGCAACAGUAACAGGUAUUAGCACAAGCAGAACAAAAGGUGUUUGAGCUGGUUUUUUUUUUUUUUUUUAAGUACAACUGAAGAAUGUGUUCUCACAUGUCUCCUUUUAUAUUUAUGUGAACAUACAUUUACAUGAUCAUUUUAAAUCUCUAGACACAAGGCUUCUCUCAAAGUUAAACUAUGUAUAUUAUGCCAUUUUUGCUAAAAAUGGUUCAAGUUUUACAGUAGCAAUUAAACAUUCUGCUCUGGUGAUUCUUCAGCAGUACAGAAAACCUUUGUGCCAUAAGAAGUAAAUAACUGCAAGAAAGUGCACUUACUAUGAUCUUUGUAUAGUACAUACAGAGUUCAACAUUGGUAUUAAACUAUGCAUAUCAAGCUAAAGUUACUGAAAAGAUUUUCUAUCCUUUUGUUGAUAUAUGUGUGAUCUGCCUGGGAUUUGAAAGGUGGUUACAUUAACAGAUUAAAAUCACUUUUUCUGUCUGU